GUACGGUCACCACGUGGGUAUGUUUACAUUUUACCAACGCAUUUCGCGAGACAAGCGGCUUCAAUUGCAAUUUAGUGUCUGUCGCUUGAAGAUGAUCAGCAUCAGUCAUGAAUUUUUCAUACAAGUUUUCGAACCUCUUGGGAUGUGUGUAUCGCCGAGGCAAUCUUGCAUUCACAGCUGAUGGUGAUAGUGUAGUGAGCCCUGUUGGUAACAGAGUUACAAGAUUUGAUCUCAAAAACAGCAAAUCAGAGACCUUUGCCAUCGAGUCAAGGCUGAACAUUGUGUGUGUAGCAUUAUCACCAGAUGGAUUCUCUGCUGUUUUUGUUGAUGAAGGAGGAGGAGCUCUUUUAUGCAGUCUUCUGAGUAAGACAGUGCUCCAUCAUUUUAGCUUCAACCGUCCUGUAUCAUGUGUUAAGUACAGUCCCGAUGGAAAGAAGCUUGCUGUAACUAAGGAGAAUGUUGCCCUUGUAUACACCACACCAUGCAGUAGUAGUAGAGAGUUCAACCCUCUUACCCUUCACAGAACAUACUAUGGAGCAUAUGAUGAAACAACAUGCAUUGACUGGACAUCAGAUUCAAGAGCAUUUGCUGUUGGUUCCAAGGACAUGAACACCAGGGUGUUUGCUGUAGAUGACAUGGAUCAUCUUAUUGUUUACUCACUGGCAGGACAUAAGGACUCUAUCGUAGCUUGCUUCUUUGAACAGAAUUCACUUGAUUUGUACACAUUAAGCAGAAGAGCAGAUCUCAUUGUGUGGGAAUGUGACACAGACCUUGAUGUGCUCCAACCUGCCACGCAACACAGUCACAACCCUCUGCACAAGAAAGGAAGGAAAGAGAAAAUCAACAAGGAGGAGGAGGAGGAAAUGGAAGAAGAGAAACAGAACAAAAUCAAGUACAAGAGAAUUGCCAAGCAUUAUUAUAACAAAUCUGGUGACUUUGAUGACUUGACUUGUGCAGACUAUCACAAGAAAAACAGAAUUCUUGUGGCUGGAUUUGCUUCAGGAGUCUUCCACUUACACGAGAUGCCAGACUAUAACCUCAUCCAUACUCUCAGCAUCUCUGAGCAGCGUGUAGCAUCAGUAGUAUUCAAUGCUCCAGGAGAUUGGAUUGCGUUUGGCUGUCUUGGUUUAGGACAGUUGUUGGUAUGGGAGUGGCAAAGUGAGAGCUAUGUUCUGAAGCAGCAGGGGCAUUUCAACAAUAUGACAUGUGUAGACUACUCUAGAGACGGCAUGCUGAUUGCUACAGGUGCUGAAGAUGGCAAGGUCAAAAUAUGGAAUCUAUCCAGUGGAUUUUGUUUUGUGACAUUCAGCGAGCACAGUGGAGGCGUGAGUGGUGUGUGUUUUAAUGAGGCUGGUAAAGUGGUGGUUUCUGCUUCAUUAGAUGGUACCGUCAGAGCAUUCGACCUUCACAGGUAUCGGAACUUUCGGACAUUUACAUCUCCACAGCCAGUGCAGUUCUCCUGUUUAGCUCUUGAUGCUAGUGGUGAAAUUGUAUGUGCUGCAGGUCUAGAUGUGUUUGAGAUCUUUAUGUGGUCAAUGCAGACGGGAAGAUUACUUGAGGUCCUCUCAGGUCACGAAGCUCCAGUUUCUGGUCUAAGUUUUGGUCCAAGUGGCUCUCAGCUAGCCAGCUCUUCCUGGGAUAAGUCUGUUAGACUAUGGGAUGUCUUUGGGCGCUCAGGAUCUAGAGAGGCACUCAGGCUCUCAUCAGAUGGUAUGUGCGUCACAAUGAGCCCUAGUGGGGAGGAGCUGGCAGUAGCUACUCUUGACUACCAGAUAACAUUCUGGAAUGUACAGACUGCUGUUCAGACUGGUUCUAUUGAAGGCAAGCAAGAUCUGGGCAGUGGUCGCAGGAGUGAUGACAUGGUCACUGCAAAGACAUCUUCUGCUGCAAAGUCUUUCACCACAUUGUGUUACUCUGCCGAUGGGUCUUACAUCUUAGCAGCCGGACGCUCCAAAUACAUCUGUAUCUAUCACAUUCAAGAACAACUUCUAGUGAAGAAGUUUGAAAUCUCCUGCAACAUGUCUCUAGACGCUAUGGAGGAGUUCUUGAGUAGGCGGAACUUAACAGACUUUGGAAACUCUGCACUGAUCGAUAUGAAUGUGGGCGAAGAUGGUCAGCAGAUGGCCAUAUCACUUCCUGGGGUCACCAAAGGAGACAUGAGUUCUAGGUCCUUUAAGCCAGAGGUCAAUGUUUCCUGUGUCAGAUUCUCAGCUACAGGUUCCCAGUGGGCAGCCACCACAACUGAAGGCCUGCUUGUAUAUUCUGUAGACAGUAGUUUAACCUUUGACCCCUUUGACCUGACCCUUGACCUCACUCCAUCCGUUGUCUUUGAUGCUUUGAAGCAAGAGGAGUGGUCCAAGGCGCUUAUGAUGGCCUUCAGACUCAAUGAGAAAGCAGUAAUACGACAGGUCAUCGAAGCAAUACCAUGGCCACAAGUGGAUGUGAUAUGUAGCAGUAUAGCAGAUACAUACGUAGAGAAGAUGUUGUCCUAUGUAGCAGAGCAGCUUACAUCAUCACCUCAUCUUGAGUUCUAUGUGUUAUGGGCUGAGAGACUUCUUACCAUCCAUGGAUCAAGACUCAAACUCAAACAUUCAUCUAACCAUCAUGCCAUGCUUACAGCUCUACAGAAAGCACUCAUCUCAAAGACUGAUACCAUAGGCAAAAUAUGUGACACUAAUCGGUACACACUUCAAUACCUCCAGACUUUGGCUAAAGUCCAAUCUAGGAAGAGAAAGUUGAUGCCUCUUGGAUCAGAAGAUGACAAGGAUUCUGAGGAGGAAGAGAUAAUGAGUUUGAGAGAAGUAGAAGACAUUGACAGUGAUGAUUCUGAUACACAGAUUACACCACUCAUCAAUUAACAUGAUUAAGCAUCAUUAAGUAGUUGAAUCAUUUGAUUGGGUAUACCAAGGUUUGAUCCUGACAUGCCACAUAUACCUUUAUGUCAUGUGCUUCUCUCCACCAAUGUAGCAUGCAAGUGUCAAUCUAGCUGGAAUUGUUACUAUUAUUAUUAUUAUUAUUAUUAUUAUAAUUAUUGCUAUUGUAAUUAUGACUU